ACAAAUGUCACUAAUAUUCUUCGAAAGGUACAAAUAAUUUGUAUAGAAUAAUUAACAGACACCGGACGAGGAUAUAAUAAUGAGUGUAUUUAUAAUUUCUUCCACGACCUUCAAGAAUAAAUCUGCGUAUAGUACUAGGAGUUGUAUAGAGAAGGUGCGAGGUGAGGGCGGCGGGUCUUGUGGUCUGGCAGGACCAGAAGACCUCGGCCACCCCUCCUGACUCUACCACUGCUAUUGACACUCUUCCUGCUGCCACCGUCACUGCUCCUGCCACCGUCACUGCUCCUGCCACCGUCACUGCUGCUGACACUACUCCUGUCACUGCUCCUGACACUGCUUAUGACACAGUUCCUGACACCGUCACUGCUGUUGACACGUCCUGCCACCGUCACUGCUCCUGCCACCGUCACUGCUGCUGACACUACUCCUGCCACUGUCACUGCUCCUGACACUGCCACUGCUUAUGACACAAUUCCUGCCACUGUCACUGCUCCUGACACUAUCACUGCUGCUGACACCUGUCCUGACACCUCUCCUUCACCGCCUCUGAGGACAGCUGGAAGCGAAGGAAUUGUUGUACAGUACUGUGGUUACUACAAUAGCACUUUUACAUUGGAAAUAAUUUAACAAACAUGAGGAAUGGAGAAAAACACAAGAGAAGCCGUAAUCACCACAUUCAGCACUGUUGGGUUCUAUGGAAAAGCAAGAACAACAUGCGACAGCAAAUUUAGAGAUCAACUUCUUCGUGUGGCAAAAGCUGCUAAGUACAUGGAACAGAGUCCAUUGCCUAGUGAAUAUUGUCCAGGGAUUCUUGGACCACCAGCCACCUGGAAAAUAUUUUCACGUCAAGCAGAAGCAAUUAGGUUUGCACAAGUACAAGGAGAAGGGCUUAUGGUAUUUUCUUUUGAAGGAGAUGCAGUUGGUGAAGGUGGUAAAAGAAAUUUUGUUGUUGCUCAUCCUUCCUUAAUGUGGAUUCGACAUUGUGGCCGACACCCUAAUCAGAGAUGCUCGUAUGAAGUUAUUCAAGAGAACUCUGUAUGUAAACUUUAUUUUGAUCUUGAGUUUCUAGUUGCUUACAAUCCUGAUAGAAAUGGGGUUUCCAUGACCAAUACUUUCAUCAGGAUUGUUUGUUUUUUUCUGGAUAAAGAGUUUGGUAUUGAGUACAGUAGAAAAUAUAUUUUGGAUUUAAGUAGUAGUACUUUAAAGAAAUUUAGUCGUCACUUGAUUUUUAAUCUUCCAAAUGUUGCUUUUGCUACUAAUGUUGAUGUUGGGAAUUUUGUUGUGAUGAUAUGCAAUAAACUCAGAGACUGGGACAAGGAAGAACAGAUGAUGAUGAUUCCUGAUGUUACUUUGGGUGAUAUUAGGAAUCUCUUUGUUCUGGACUCAAAGAACACUAAAGUUCUGUUUUGUGAUGAAGGAGUCUACACCAAAAACAGGAAUUUCAGAAUAUACAAAUCUACCAAGCUUGGAAAAAAUUCUCCCUUAAUUAUUGCUCAAGAAAAUGAAUAUGUUCCAAACAGUUCUGAAAUUCCUGAGGAUGAGCAAUUCUUUCUAGAUUCUCUUGUAACUCUGGUAGAAAAUAGCUGCAAAGUUCUAAGUUAUGGGGAAAAUUGCCAUAAAAUAAGAUCGAGAAUCUGUGAUAAGUAUAAUAACGAGCGUUCUGGGUCUGAUAUUGAAGGUUUCAAUCACUCUCCAUACCCAGAAAUUGACAGCUACAUUCAGGGAAUAGUAAAUCCGGGCUAUAUACGGUGUUGGUAUUACUUUUCACAGGGUGAAGUGUUGGUCUACGAAAUAGGUCUCAACAGGUUUUGUUAUAACAUUAAACGUGAGCAUAAAAGUAAUGGAAUUAUGUAUGUUGUCAAUCUGAAGACUGCUACAUACUACCAAAAGUGUCAUGACCCUGAUUGUUACGGUUUUAGGUCUCGUGCCUGGCCAUUGCCUGAACACACAGUUUUCUGGCGAAGUAUGACUGAUCACGAAAUGAUGGAUUGGGUUCAAAGUGUUCGUGACACGAGCAGUGAGAGAGAGGAUGGGUUGCUGUCAACAGAAACAAUUCAAGCGGAUGAGAACGAUGUGUCAGAUGAGGUACUUGUGGGUGCUGUAGAAGCUUUUGAGAAGUGGGAUAAUAUUGACCAGAUAUCUAGUUCAUCUGGCAGUCUUAAAGAAUCCCAAGAAAGCUCUAAAAGCAAUCUCUCUCAAAAAAGCAAUCUUUCUCAAAAAAGCAAUCUCUCUCAAAAAAGCAAUCCAUGGGAUAUGCUCUCUCUUAUUUCAACACCUGGUAGUUCGUAUUUUGAAGAGUUAUCUCAGGCUUCUACAAUAGACAUUAGUAUGUCUCAAAACCAUUCAAAGACGCCUAAAAUGGAAAACCUAUAUGUACACGAGAUUGAUUGCGAUGAAGAAUUUGCUGAAGCAGCAACUGCUGUUGAGGAACAGGCAUUAAAAGAUGAAUGUGAAAUGUAAAUAAUUAGCUAAGAAUUAGAAUGUAUGCUUAAUAGUGCAUUGGUUAAAUAAGUAUAAUAAUAU